AGGCCUCGAGUUAAUCCACUUUGAUUUCACACCUGCGAAAAGGAGGGAGAAGAGUACCCUUAUCUACUGACUUCAUCUAAAUUGUUGUCAACUGACUGGAUCAGAAGUUAAACAAAUGGAUCAAAGCAAGCCGCCUGACCACAGUGCCAUGACGGGUGUCCUUUGGCUGGGACGUGGAAGAGGAAAGCCGACUGAGGAAUUUUCCCUAGGACGCAGUAGAGGGCUGCUUCUCGCUGCAGAAGCACCCGGUGUGGGACGAACCAGAAGUUUGCUCACUCCUGGUGAUAAUUCUCAGGGACAAGUAUUGUCUCCUUUUGUUGAACCUGUGGUGGCACGAGGUAGAGGGCUGUUGCUGCAGCCUGAUGACUCAGGCGUUGGUCGGGCCAGAGGGCUUCUUCCACUAGCCGAAUCGAAGGUUAGCAAACCAUCUUAUGGCCAGGCUCCCACACUUCUCUCAAUGUUUAGAGGGAUGGGCAUUGAGACCAAGACUUCUUUGGGAAGAGGGACACUAGUUGCAGAAAUUGGAGCAGCAGGGGAUAUAGGUGAUGUGAAACCACAAGGUUCCCCUUUAAGUGUGACCAGUACACCAGAGAAAGGUUCUCCUUUAGGUGUGACCAGUACACCAGAGAGAGGUUCCCCUUUAGGUGUGACCAGUACACCAGAGAGAGGUUCCCCUUUAGGUGUGACCAGUACACCAGAGAGUUUCCAUGGCCCAAGUUUAUCCCCUCAGCUGAUGGUGCCUAUGGGGAGAGGAGCAAUGCCACAGCUUGUAAUGGGACGAGGACGCGCUCUGCCUGCAUCAUUUCAUAUAGGUCACAGGCAGCCAAGUUCUCCAACACCUGAGCUAACGGCCCCACACUGCGAGCUUUCCCUAAAAGGAGCUGAGCCCCUUGUGUCUACCUGUGAAGAUUCUACUGUGCAAUCUACUAUAGCUCCCACAAAGAAGGAGCUGACAAUGGAAGCAGUGCAUGAGCCACUCAAGAAAGCUGGAACAAAGGGAACUCCAAUAACUAUUGGAGCAAACUACAUCUCGAUUAGAUGCAAGAAUGAAGCAGUGUAUCAGUACCACAUCACAUUUACACCCAAUGUUGAAUCGAUGUCGAUGCGUUUUGGCAUGAUGAAAGAACACCGCUCAAUCACAGGAGAAGUUGUGGCUUUUGAUGGCUCCAUACUGUAUCUGCCAGUUAAACUGAGUGACGGAACUGUUCUCAGAAGUUUGAGACGGACAGACAAUGAGGAAGUAGAAAUCAAGAUCCAGAUGACAAAGAUUUUGCCACCCAACUCUGAUCUUUGCCUCCCUUUCUACAAUGUGGUGCUCAGGAGGGUGAUGAAACUCAUUGGACUUAAACUGGUAGGCCGAAAUCAUUACGAUCCAGAGAGUGCGGUCCUCCUUGGAAAACAUCGGCUGCAGGUGUGGCCAGGCUAUUCUACGUGUAUUAAACGCACAGAUGGAGGUCUGUACCUGUCUGUGGAUGUGUCUCACAAAGUUCUGCGGAAUGACUCUGUGCUGGAUGUCAUGAACACUCUGUACCAGCAGACCAAAGAGAACUUCCAAGACGAAUGCACAAAAGAACUCAUUGGCUGUAUUGUUAUCACCCGCUACAACAACCGAACCUACCGCAUUGAUGCCAUCGAGUGGAACAAAUCGCCCAAGGACACCUUCACUUUAAUGGAUGGCACCAAAACCACCUUUUUGGAGUACUACAGCAAGAACUAUGGAAUCACAAUCAAGGAAUUGAACCAACCUUUGCUUCUGCACCGACCCAAGGAGAGGUCCAGACCAGGAGGCAAGCAAAUUAUUACUGGAGAGAUCCUUUUAGUCCCAGAGCUAUCCUUCAUGACGGGAAUCCCAGACAAAAUGAGGAAGGACUUCAGAGCUAUGAAAGACUUGACCAUGCACAUCAAUGUGAGCGGAGAGCAGCACACGCACUCGAUAAAGCAGCUUCUGAAGAACAUCAGCUCCAAUCAAGAGACUGCGAAGGAGCUCGGUCGGUGGGGACUGCAGAUUGGUUCUGAAAUUCUGAUGAUUAAUGGCAGAACGCUGCCUCUUGAAACCAUCUGUCUACAGUCGUCAUCCUUUCAAACUGGGGCCGAUAUGUCCUGGUCCAGAGAGGUUGUGAGGGUUGCUUCAAUCAGCACUAUCGCCUUGAACAUCUGGGCUAUCUUCUACCCCCACCGCUGUGCUGAACAAGCAGAGGAGUUAGUUUCCACUUUUAACAAGGUGGCUGGGCCUAUCGGCAUGCGACUGGAGCGGCCCAUUAGAGUGGAGCUACGGGAUGAUCGGACUGAAACUUAUGUCAAGAGCAUCCAUUCUCAGCUCACCAGCGAGCCAAAUUUGCAGCUCGUAGUGUGUAUCUUGGUUGGCAGCAGAGAUGACCUCUACAGUGCCAUCAAGAAGCUGUGCUGUGUUAAGAGCCCUGUGCCUUCCCAGGCCAUAAAUGUCCGGACAAUAUCUCAGCAACAGAAGUUAAGGAGUAUUGCCCAGAAGAUCCUCCUGCAGGUUAACAGCAAGCUGGGUGGUGAGCUGUGGACCGUCAGCGUGCCUCUGAAAAACCUGAUGGUAAUAGGUGUUGAUGUCCACCAUGAUACCAGCAGGUCACAUCAGUCGGUUAUGGGAUUUGUUGCAAGUGUGAACAGCUCACUGACCCGCUGGUACUCCAGAGUAACUUUCCAGGCCCCAAAUGAAGAACUCAUCAACGGCUUGAGAGUAUGCUUACUGGCUGCAUUAAAGAAAUACUACGAGGUCAACCACAACCUGCCUGAAAAGAUUGUGGUGUAUCGGGACGGUGUGUCUGACGGACAGCUGAAGAUGGUGGAGCAGUACGAGAUCCCCCAGUUGAUCAAAUGUUUUGAGACAUUCCCCAGCUAUGAGCCCAAGCUGGUCGUCAUUGUGGUCCAGAAACGCAUCAGCACCACUCUCUACUCCUGUUCUUCAAACGCCUUCGGUGCCCCUCCACCUGGAACUGUUGUGGAUCACACUGUCACUCACAAAGACUGGAUGGACUUUUAUCUGAUGGCUCAUCAAAUUCGCCAGGGCUGUGGAUUUCCUACUCACUACAUCUCUUUGUACAACACUGCAAACCUCACACCAGACCAUUUGCAAAGGUUGACGUUCAAAAUGUGCCAUCUGUACUGGAACUGGCCCGGCACCAUUAGUGUUCCAGCACCAUGCAAGUAUGCCCACAAACUGGCUUACCUCUCCGGUCAGUAUCUGCAUUCAGAGCCGGCCACCCAGCUUUCAGACAAGCUCUUCUUCCUUUGAGCAGCAGCAGCAAGCGCCAAAUGGAUUAAGAAAUUCUGUAAUUACAGCCCAUUACAUCAGAAGAGUUGAUGUUGACUUGUAGUACUUGAGACAGUAAGAUAUGUAAUAUUUCCAUCUAGUAUGCUAAUAAGGAAAAGGAUUUUAUACAAGAAAUUAAGGAAAAAAACCAGGCCAUCAGAGUUGGAAGAUAAUGCCAAAAAUAUAAGUUUUAUAUUUAAGGAUGUUUUAAUUUCUAAUCUGUUGUACAUGUUGGCAUGUAAAGUUUUAGUUUGGAGUGAAUUUGCCCUGAUUUUUAGUUUUGACCACAUUUGCUUUUUGUUCCAGAAUGUGGAUUAAUGGUUUGAAUGUUCAGACCACACUUUCAGCUGGACUAAUAAGGUUUCCAUCAUUCAAAUGAGUCUGUUUUUGAUCUUUUCAUCUGCAUUUUCAUAAAAUGAUAUCAUUGUUCUGGAAUUUUGUCAAUGACAUAAUAAACCUGUUCAUCUCUUCC